AUGGCAACCUUUUACCUUAUAUUACACAUAGUUAAAUUAUUCUUAAACGAUAGCCAGUUGUAUCAACCUGUAGCUGAUAAUAUCAUCGUUCUGCAGAAGAGUAAAGAUGGGAAAUUAAAUACAGUUGAAAUUACUGGUAGGGAUAAUCUGCUAUUUACAUUAAGAUCAUCCGCGGAUGCCUUGAGAAAUCAAACAUAUGUCCUUAAUUGCCCGAUCGUUGCAAUUCAAGAUCGAUCAUGGAAAUACCUCAACGAAACUGUUGGGUCGGAGUUUGAGCUAGUAUUAGCCAAAGCAACAGUCAUCGAUAAAACGCCUACAACUACAGCAAGAGCCUUUCCAAUAGCAACGCCAACACCAACUUUCGGUACUGUUGCAGAAACAACAAGUGAAAUUAUAAUUACUACCGGGAAUCCAAAUUCCAGCACAACUGCUAUAAAAAAUACGACAAACUUUACAGCAGCAAUUAUUGCAUUUUGCGGAUGCUCAGUAAUUAUUUUCAUGAGCCUAUGCUACUAUAAGUGUCACCGACCCUCUAAAGCAGGGUUAUAUAUAAACUCCACAAUGUUUAUCAAGGCUGAGCAGGCCAUUGAAACUCCGAUACAAGGCGUACCUCUCGCUCAUAAAUAUACCUGUCAAGGAUAUAAACAAGCUUCUGUAAUGGAAAUCAAAGCUAAUCCCCUGGCAGUUAAUUUAACUCAAAACGAUGAGGAAUGUUCAGUUGAGAUCGGCGAAUAUCCCAUCGAAGAUAAGAAUUUCAUAGAGUUUGCUAGUCAUUUCAACCAAGUCAGCAAUUGUAAGACACCUAAUAUUCGGCCACAAGAGUUAACAAGGAGUCUUAGCAGUACAUGUAGCAGCAAUAUACUCCAUGAUAGCGAAUGUUUAAUAUCAGACCGAUAUAGCCGGGAGAAUAUAAUAGAGAAGCAAGAUGUGCAAAGAGCUAUCGACUAUGAUUCCAACUAG